UCAUUCUCAUUCAGUGAGUAGGCUGGUUUCGUGUGGGCUGUGGAGAUGCAUUUAUAAUGCCCUCUGUUUUUUUUUUUGUAGUCUUGCCAAUCCCAUGUAAAAACUCUCGCCCCCGGGGGUCAUAUAGCCUAUAGGGUAUAAACGUCUAGUUAUUGCUAUUUGUCCGGCAAAAAUCGUGACACGUGGAUUUGACAGUGCGGCAGCUGUCACCAUUUCAUUUCAAUAGUUCUCCCGCUCAUUUGUAACGACAGGAGCUGAAAUUCCAAUCGAUCACGGGCUUAUUUUAUCACCGAAAGCCACCCCCCACCCACUUCGACAGAAAGGGGAGACGGGGAGUUUUUUUUUUUUUUCCUGAGCCAAAUACCGAAGUGGGCAGCACGUGCUGUUCAUAAUACACUCAAGCAACAUCUCCCUCCAGGCAUUUUUUUUUUCCAUUUUUGUUUUUCUUUUCAGUAGCACAAAUUUAUUCCGAUUCAUUUUAAUAGCCGACCCGCCGGUUGAUUCGUGCAUUAGUUUACAACAAGAGGAUUCCCCCCUUUCAAACUUUUGCACCAGGACGUCCGGUGGCUGGCGGUGUGGUCGGUUGGUGUGCAGGCGGGUAGGGCAGGAUAGGCUCCAGGCUGACCGUGUGUGUAAGUACAGUAGACUAGAAGCUGCUGCAAGAGAGAUUACUAUUUUGGUACAAAGUCACAAUGAGUGCACGCGGUGAAGAAGCCGGGGAGAGUUCAGGGACCGGGACCCAGGAGCCGGAGCCUGCGGCGGCUGCAGAGGCUCCGGCCAAGCGCAGACCGGGCAGACCGAGGAAGCCUGUUAAGGAACCUACUGGAGAGCCCGUCCCUAAACGACCAAGGGGUCGUCCCAGAGGCAGCAAGAACAAAUGCCCCUCCAAGGCAGCUGCCAGGAAAGCCCUGGCCUCUGGAGAGAAGAGACCGAGAGGCAGACCCAGGAAAUGGCCAAAGCAGGUGGUCCAAAAGCCAACUCAGGAAGAAGGAGGAGAAGAAGGAGAAGAAGAAGAAGAAGAAGAAGAGGAAGGGGAGGAGUCUGGAGAGGAGGAUUAAAGAACAACAAUCAUUUGACCUCUACUUCCUUGUAAACAGUUCUUCCUCCUGGGGAACCACUGCCUUUCACCACUUACUAAGGACGUUGAUCCAUGACCUCUGACCUCUGUCUACUCUCAUAUCAUACUGUUUUCAUUUAAUACUUUUGUUUGUGUUUAUUUUUUUAUUUUAUUUUAUUUGUUUGUUUGUUGUUGAUUCUGAGAUGAACACACGUUAAUAAUCCUCAGAACAUGAGCCGCAAAAAAAAAAAAAAAAAACAC